AUGUAUCGUGCCGUGUUGCUAUUAAUUCUCGCAUAUUCUACACAUGGUUUACAACCAUCUAUUGCUGCGUGCGAUGAGACCAAUUCGAACAACUCCUUCAUUUAUUGUACUGGACCCAUAUUGGAAGCUGUAAAUUAUCAUAAAUUGUACAAUGAUUCAAAAACUUUUGUAGAUAUGCCGAUGAAAGAAGAGCCAAAAGUCGUUCUCGAAGCGUUUAAAGCAAAAUUCGGAGCUUCGAACUCGUCGGAGAUCAAUCGCGACGAUCUGCAAAAGUUUAUCGACCAAUACUUCAGUGCAGCGGGCACCGAACUCAUUCAAUGUGUACCGGCCGACUGGAAAGAGAAGCCGAAAAAAUUGGAAUCAAUUCAAGAUCCACAACUGCGAGCUUGGGCUUACAAGCUGAAUGACAUUUGGAAGCAUUUGUGUCGUGAAAUCGAUCCAAAUAUUAAACAACACACAUCCCGAUAUUCUCUUCUUUAUGUACCCAAUCAAUUCAUUGCGCCUGGCGGAAGAUUCAGAGAAUACUACUAUUGGGAUGCCUACUGGAUUAUCAAGGGACUUAUUGCAUGUGAAAUGUAUGACACCACGAGGAAUAUGAUAAGAAAUUUGGCGCUUAUGGUUGAUAAAUAUGGAUUUGUGCCAAAUGGUGGCCGGGUUUACUACCUUCGAAGAAGCCAACCACCACUUUUGACGCCAAUGGUUUACGAAUUAUACGAAGCGACGAAUGAUAAGAAUUUUGUCAUGGAAAUGCUGCCGACACUUGCGAAGGAGUAUCAAUUCUGGAAUACAAUGCGAACUACGACAGUUAAUAUGGACGGAAAACCGUAUACGGUAUAUCUUUAUCGUACCACUGCAAACCUUCCACGUCCAGAAUCGUACAAAGAGGACGUCCAAAAGUCGGAAUCUCUGAAUGACGCGUCACGACAGCAAUUCUGGCAGGAUAUUGGAAGCGCCGCCGAAUCCGGAUGGGAUUUCUCAUCGCGCUGGUUCUCUGAUCGACGCACACUUCAGACCAUUGAGACGACACGGGUUCUGCCGGUUGACUUGAACGGAUUCAUUUGCUGGAACAUGGACAUUCUCGAAUAUCUCUAUGAGCAAAUCGGGGAUACGGCCAACUCGCAGAAGUUCCGAAACGAGCGCGCCAAUUUCCGCGACACCGUCAACGCUGUCUUCUAUAAUCGUACCGACGGCACUUGGUACGAUUUCAACAUGAACACCGGAGCGCACAAUCCCAACUUCUACACGUCCACAGCGGUUCCUUUGUUCACCAAUUGCUAUAACACGCUGAACACCGGAAAAUCGCAAAAAGUUUAUGACUAUAUGGAUAGGCUUGGCGUGUUCAAUUACCCUGGCGGAAUUCCUACAUCGAUGAUAAAGGAGACCCAUGAGCAGUGGGACUUUCCGAAUGGAUGGAGUCCCAACAAUCAUAUGAUAAUCGAGGGACUGAGGAAAAGCGCGAAUCCCGAAAUGCAGGAUAAGGGGUUCGAGAUUGCGUCCAAAUGGGUUCUUGGCAACUUCCGAGUGUUCUAUGAAACGGGGCACAUGUGGGAAAAGUACGACGUGAUUGGGACCUAUCCGAGUCCGGGAUCCGGCGGAGAAUACGAUGUACAGGAUGGAUUCGGAUGGACGAAUGGGGCAAUCCUGGACCUUCUUUUGACCUACAAUGAUCGCCUUGUGGCUCCAAAGAAUUUCAGCUCAACUAUAUUGUCCUCGACGGCCUCGAAUCUCAUCAUUCUCAUUUUUAGCAUGAUUUUCGUUCAUUUAUAA